AUGUUGGUAGUUUAAUCAAGUACUCCCAAAUAUAAGAUUUUUUCUACAUUUCAGGUUUUAAAACUUCAUUUUGUAAUGUUAAUAUUACUGGGUGCAAAGAGAGGCCAAAUAAUUUAUCCAUAAGAACUGCAUUUAUUUAAAAGAAUAGGACAAACAGAAACAAACAGACAGGACACUCGAUCACUGAUAUGCCAGUUCCUUGCUGGUGUCGAAUUUGUUUUCUGACCAAGAUAAUGAUCUCAGCCAUUGUUCCAAAUAAAGCAAAGGAGUCUUAUUCUCACAAGCGUGAAUCUGCCUCAGCUAUUUAAGCCUCAGAUGCUCAAAAUGCUUCUUCAGCACACAGGUGUGUGACGCUGUUUUCUCAGAAUGAUGAUAUUCUGCCUUUUUCUGUGUGUCUCACUCUACAGUCAACAUGGCCACUGCAGCUUCAUCUGUCCAAAAAACUGCAUCUGUGAGCAAGCAAGCUCACUGCAGUGUUUCAGGGCUCAGGCUGUACCACCAGUCGUCUCAAACAACCUGAAGAAAAUACACCUGGGAUACAGUCACCUCAAAGAGCUGAAGGUCAGAGAUUUUUCUGGUUUGCCAGGACUUGAAGAAGUGGUUCUGUCGUCUGGUGGGAUCGAGCAGAUCGAUGCCAAUGUGUUCAGAUCUCACAUGUUGUUAAGAACUCUGGACCUUCAGAAAAACAAGUUAAGACAGCUUCCCCAUGGCUUGCCCUGUGGCCUGGAGAUCCUUCAUUUAGGUCACAACAGGAUACACAGCCUGCAAGAGUUGCCCCUGGAGGGCCUCAAGAAGCUGCGGGUCCUGAACCUCCAGAAUAACCAGAUUAACACUUUACGCACAAACACCCUAACAUUACUCCAGAGGCUUGAGUGUCUUUAUCUGGAUGGAAAUCAAAUCGAAUCAAUACAUGGCACCCCCAGGUUGCCCUUACUCAAUUUGCUUAGCAUGGGAAACAACAGGAUCUCCUCCAUAUCAUCAACCUUCUUCUCUUCGCUGCAGCUUCUAAAAACAUUGGAUUUGUCUUCAAACCGCUUCACCAAAGUCCCUCAUGGUCUUCCUCAGUCUCUGGUUCAUCUGAACUUGGACAGGAAUCAGAUUCGAUCACUGAGAAAUCGUGACAUGUCCCAGCUGCACAACCUCAUUACCCUUUCUGUCAGCUCUAACAGGCUAGUGUCAGUGGACGGGGGUCUUCGCCUGCCUAAUCUCUCUGUGUGCGAGUUGGCAGGAAACCAGCUACGAAUGCUGCCUGCUAGAUUGACCUCUAAACUCGAGAAGCUGGACUGCAGGCAGAACAAUAUCCAGGAAGUCACUUUCCAACAGCUAGCAGGAAUGAAACUACUGAAACAUCUCUUUUUGGAAAACAACUCCAUCCAAAACUUUGAAGCCAAUGCCCUUAAAAACUGCAUUCAACUAACCAGCCUGGCGUUAGAACAGAAUCUGCUUUCUGCUAUUCCUCAUGGGCUUCCUGAGACACUGGUCCGUUUGGAUCUGAAGGGGAACAACAUUGACACAAUACAUGAGCGUGAGCUGAACCCUCUCAGGCGACUUCAGGUGUUAAAUCUGCGCAACAACAAACUCUCCACCCUGCCUGCAUUGAACCUACCAAAACUAAAAGUUCUAUAUUUGGAUGGAAACCCAUGGCAGUGCAACUGUGAACUCAUCAAUGUCAAAAAGGCCCUUUUAGCAAACGAUGUGGAAAUCAGGCCUGAUUUCUGUAGCGAACCUGUUCAUAAAUCUCUUGAUGAAUGGCGAGCUUAUGUACUGGCAAAAGAUAUCUGUCAGAAGCAGACCAGAGAUUUGAUAUUGGAGAGCCAAACUGAACACACAGACAAUGAGGAAUAUGAUGAAUAUGAUUUGUAAAUGUAAUGUGACAUUGCAAUGUUGUUCUGUCUCUCUGCAUGCUUUAUUUCUAUUUUCACCCCUUAUAGAAUGAACAAUAAAUUUAAUCUUGUCCAGUAAUGGGCAACGCCAGUGAUAUGGAUACAAUAAAAUAAAAUCAAUUGUAUUUGGCUUGGAAAAUACAGUUUUGUUUAAUUAAACUCCAGAAAUAAAUCAGAUAGA